GUCCAGGCAGAUGGGACAGAUGGGAACUGCGUCACGUUUGUGUUGCACGAUGAGGACCACACACUUGGCAACUCGCUCCGAUAUAUGGUCAUGAAGAACCCUGAUGUGGAGUUCUGUGGCUACUGCAUCACACACCCCUCUGAAAGCAAGAUCAACUUCCGGAUCCAGACCAGAGGGACCCUUCCUGCUGUUGAGCCAUUCCGGAAAGGGCUGACCGACCUGAUGGGUGUUUGUCAACAUGUGCUCAACACCUUUGAGAGGAGCAUGAAGGAAUACAGGGCCCAGAGGGAGGAAGAGAUGCAGUAG